AUGAGACCCAGGCGGUCGUCCGGGGCGAGCGAAUCCAGCACUGGAACAGCCCGCCCCGAACAGGAACUCGGAAGCAUGUAUGACUACUUGGCCAAGAUUAUAUUGCUGGGACCCAGUGGCUCGGGGAAGUCAUGUCUGCUUCAUCGAUUUGUCAAGAACGAAUGGCGAGUACUGUCGUCACAGACCAUCGGCGUCGAGUUUGCAACGAAAAUCAUCAAAGUCGGGAGCGGGGCGAGACGAAAGCGGAUAAAACUCCAACUAUGGGAUACAGCAGGCACCGAGCGGUUUCGAUCGGUUUCGAGGUCGUACUAUCGAGGAGCGGCCGGCGCAAUCUUGGUUUACGACAUCGCAUCGCACUUAUCCUUCCGAGGGCUACAACCGUUUCUUAACGAUGCGCGGGCGCUAGCGUCUCCUCAUCUGAGCGUCAUGCUGGUGGGAAACAAGUUGGACUUGGCUUCUGAGAACCUCAUUGAUACAAGCUUGCCUCCUCCGACUCCCAGCAGCGUGGGCUCUGUAGCGACUAUGACGGCAGGCGUCAACGGCGGGGCUUCAUCUUCCUACAAGGACCAUGCCGGCUCCAUUGGAGCCGGCACGCAACAGAGAGCUACGGAGGCGCCAGAGGGUCGUGAGAUAUCAUCUGCGGAGGCGAGCCGGUGGGCUAGCACCGUGGGCAUUCCCGUCGUGACGGAAGCAAGCGCGCUUAAUGGCGAAGGCGUGGAUGAGAUUUUCAACCGACUGGCCAGGAUGAUCUUGACCAAGAUUGAGCUGGGCGAAAUUGAUCCAGACGACCCGAUGAGCGGCAUUCAAUACGGAGACGGUGGUGGAUGGAACACGGCCAGCGAUGGAGGCAGCAUUAAAAGCUCCAUCACCGGUGGCACGUUGGACGAGAGCCUCAGCGGCCCACGGAGGCGCAGAAGAGGAAAAGGCCGAACCCAGAACUGGAAUCUGCGGGAAUGGGAAGAAGUCUUUACGCUGAGCAGCCGUCGGAGGAACCGAGGAUGCUGUUGA